AUGGACCCGCGGGGCCGGCUGGGCGCCCUGGGAUGCCUGCACGCCCUGCUGCUCGUGGUGGCCGACGCUACCUUCACCGAGGUCCCCAAAGAUGUGACGGUGCAGGAAGGCGAGGACAUCGAGAUGCCGUGCGCCUUCCGGGCCCGGGGCGCCACGUCGUACUCCCUGGAGAUCCAGUGGUGGUUCGUCAAGGCGGCGCCCCGGGAGCUGUUGCCCGAGCUGGUCCUGAGCGCGCCCGGCGCCCGGAGCAAGGUAACAAAUAAGGAUGCAACUAAAAUCAGUACGGUUCGAGUCCAGGGCAACGACAUCUCGCACCGGCUGCGCCUGUCGGCCGUGCGCCCGCAGGACGAGGGCGUGUACGAGUGCCGCGUGUCGGACUACAGCGACGCGGACACGCGCGAGCACCAGGCCCGGGCGCUGCUGCGCGUGCUGUCGCGCUUCGCGCCGCCCGACAUGCAGGCGGCCGAGGCCGUGUCCCACAUUCAGAGCAGCGGGCCCCGCCGCCACGGGCCGCCCAGCGCCGUCCACGCCGGCCACGCGGCCAGCCCCGCGGCCCCCGCCACCUCCGAGCCCGGCCGCAGCCAGGACCAGAGCCUGCCGCCUCCCGGGAGCCCCGGUGUCCCCCAGGCCGCAGCCUCCACCACCCACACAGCCACCUCCACUACGACCGUGGCUGCAGCUGCGGCUGCUUCCUCAUCAGCAUCCCCAUCACCUGGCCAGGCAGUCCUCCGGCGACAGAGACAUGGCUCUGGCAGUGGCCCGCACCAUACCGCAGACCUGCGCCUGGCCCUGGCCCUGCUAGCCCUGCUGAGCCUUCUAGCCGGGAGCGCAGCCCUGACCGCGGCCCGCAGCAGCAGCGACCUGGACGAAGCGCAAGCGGAGGGACGCGCGGGCCCGGCCGCCGCCGUCAGCUGCACAGCCCGGGCCGCCCCGCCCGCCUCGGUCCCUCCCGCGCCCGACCCCCCCCCCCCCCCACCGUGCGCGCUCCGAGUCGGCUCGCCUGGUUACACCCGGGCCUUCGCCAGCACUCCAGGCUCCCCCCGACAACCUAAGACAUCCCAGCUCUCCGGCUGGGCCUACGAGAGACUCGGGAGGAGAGCCGUGAACGACGCCACAGGCGUAGGCUCCAGGGCGCACGCGCCCCGCGGCGGGCCGACGCCGGGCAGUGACGUCACGAGCGGCGCCGACUGCGAGCGCCGCGCGUCCCCGGCAUCGAGGCCGCCCUGGUGGGUGCGCUUGUGA